AUGUCUUUCGAUAAUGGGGUCAAUUUCAAAUAUCCCUUACAACGUCGGGAUUACGAUUUUCAAGAUCUUGAAUUUAGUAUCAUAGUAACUCCAAAUAAAAUUGAUCCUGAUAUCGAAAUUAAUGAUCCAACUAAAAACCCUGGAUCAUUUCGAGCAACGAUAUCUUUUAUGAAAGGUGAUCCUCGUGAAGACUGUAAAAUUCCAGAAGGAAUUGAAUGUAUUGACGUUACAGACAUGGAUAAAACUUUAGAUAUCGAACCUAUUUUAAAUUCUUUCUUUAAUAUAAAACUCUCUCGUGACUAUGAUAUAAUUCAUAAUGAACUGAAAAUCUUAUCGUUGAGAAGAGCAUUGGGCCGUUGGCAAGUUAACAACUAUCAAAAAACUGAAAGUAGAAAGUUAUUUGAAAAAAAAAGAAAAUUUCUUAAAUCAAACGAAUUUGUAAACAGAAAUCAACUUAAACUUACAACUUUCUUUCCAUUACACAUAAAAAGAGAAGACGACGAUGAUGAUGUAAUGAUGGUCUAA